UUUCUCUCUCUUCUCUCUCUCUCUCUCAUGGCUGAAGAAUUCCAAGAAGCCGACGUCAUCUUCUCCGAUCACCACCGGCAGAAUCCUCCGCGUGCUGCCACCUCGGACGGUGAGGAUGACUAUCGGAGUGACAUUUCGCAGAGAGAGCUGGAUUCGCGACGGGUUAAGUUGAAGAGGAGCAAGAAGAAGAAGAAGAAGAAGGAGAUGGCAAAUUCGAUGCCGGUAAAUAUACCAGAGAGGAUCUUCCGGCGAACGGAUUCGGAUGACGAGCUGCUGGAGGAGGAAUGGGAGGACGAAGGAAUGGUGCCGCCGUACGUGAUCGUGAAUCGGAGAAUCGCCGGGAAAAUGGCGUUCUCGGUGUGUACAGGGAACGGAAGGACCUUGAAGGGACGGGAUUUGAGCCAAGUUCGGAAUUCAAUUCUGAGAAUGACUGGAUUUUUGGAAGCGUAACUGUUUUCAUGUUGCGACCUAAAUUGCGUUUGGCGACCGGGAAAAUUACGGAGAAUGAGAUGGAAAUUAAACUGUUUCAACAAGUCUCAGCUAGCAGUUAGUUAAUGACGUUCUUCUUCUUCUAUGGAUUACUGAGAAUGCUUAGAAGUCUCGCACAGAUUGUGACAGGAGAAAAAAUACAUACAGAUACACUGAUUUGAGAUUAGAGAAGAGGUGAAGUAAUCGUUGUUGCUUAAUUAGUUCCUUAAUCUUGAGGCUUUGCUUUGGUGCAAUGGAUUUCCCUUUCUUGGAUGAUUUGCUUAAUUAGGAUUAGCUUGUGGGUUUGUAGAUUGUAUUGCAGGUUUGAUUAAGCUUGUGGUUUUCUAUGGAUUUUCCAGCUAAAAUCUCUGGAAAGUGGAAACUACCAAAAUGCUUCCUCAUAUUAUAUACACACACAA